GAACACGUGACGAGCGUGGCGCACACUCUGUCUUCUCGUAAAGAGUCGCGUGCAUAGGGACACAGUCAUGUCUUUCGGACGCGCAUCACCUGUAGACUGUUACGGGACUUAAGGACAUUUUACUCAAUUUGCAUCAGAUUAAACUCUUUUGAAGGACUUGAAUGCUUUCCUCACAACUGCCAUAAUGAAAAAUGAGCAGAAUUACUCUAUAAUAAACAAAGAGCAGCAAGUUAUCGUCAGUAUCAAAUCCAUAGACGACAUUGGUUAUGAUCUCCAAGAUUCAAUGCUCCUGAAAGCUCUCAGUCCAGAGGAGAACACACAUUGUCGGCGAGGUCUGUACUUCCAGGAUGGCAAGAGACGGGUAGACUACAUCCUCACUUACCAGAUCAAAAAGACCAGUAGCUCAAGACGACAUACGAUACAUCUUAUUGACAACGCCUUUACUCGUACCCUGCGCCGUGGUCGAGGGCCACCGCUGCCCAAAAAUGACCCUGAAGCAGGCUCUCGUGCCCACAACAUGAACCACCACGAUGAUGACAAGUGUUUACGGCGUGAGGAGUUUGAGAUUAACCUGAUGGAGAUGGGCCUGGAGCUGGAGAGAGAAGAGGAGACAAAGACUCCUGGUGUCGGCUUUGUGAAGAUUCACGCUCCGUGGGGUGUUCUCUGUCGAGAGGCAGAAUUUAUGAAAAUGAAGAUGCCUACCAAAAAAGUUUAUGAGGUCAAGCAGAGUAGAGGUGUAUUGGAAAAGAUCACAACAUUCGUCACCAAACUGACAGAUCCCCUUCACCCAAACGUGGAUGAGCACAAAAUACACAACGUGAAGCAUCUUUCGUACCCAUUCUCUAGAGAAAAGCAACAUUUAUUCGAUUUGUCUGACAGAGAUUCCUUUUUCGAUAGUAAAACAAGAAGUUCAUUAGUAUUUGAAGUUUUAAAACGAACCAAGUGCACAAAAGCUACAUUUAGCAUGGGAAUAACUAGUCUACUGGGCAGCGGAGUUUAUACAGCAGCUUAUCCAUUACAUGAUGGUGAUGUUGCUGGAGAAAGCGCAGAGCCAAAUGACAGAAAAUUGCUGUAUGAAGAGUGGGCCAGCUAUAGUGUAUUUUAUAAGUACCAGCCUGUUGGUUUGAUCAGGAAGUACUUUGGAGAGAAGAUCGGUCUAUACUUUGCUUGGCUUGGGGUCUACACACAGAUGCUGAUCCCUGCCUCUUUAGUCGGGGUCUUUGUGUUCCUCUAUGGAUGUGUUACUGUUGAUGAUGACAUUCCUAGUAUGGAAAUCUGUGAUCCGCGAAAGAACGUCACCAUGUGUCCGCUGUGUGAUCGAGUGUGCAGUUACUGGAAUCUGAGCACAGCGUGUGGGACAGCUCGGGCCAGUCAUCUGUUUGAUAAUCCUGCCACCGUCUUCUUCUCUGUCUUCAUGGCGCUGUGGGCUGCUUUCUUCAUGGAGCACUGGAAGAGACGGCAAAUGUGUCUGAACUAUGAGUGGGAUCUCACAGGCUUUGAGGAGGAGGAGGAAGCACUGAAGGAUCACCCACGAGCUGAGUAUGAAUUCAGAGUCAUGCAGAAAUCCCUAAAGAAAGAGCACAGAUCACCAAAGCCAGAGAAAGAAAAGCUGACCUUUAAAGACAGAUUUCCUGCAUACAUGACUAAUUUCAUCAUGAUGUUAUUAAUGAUUGGUGUUACAUUCGCAAUAGUGUUUGGUGUGAUUUUAUACCGGAUAUCAACCAAAGCUGCUCUUGCUAUGAGCUCAAACCCGAUGACCCGCUCGAAUGUGAAGCUGACAGUUAAAACCACAGCAGCCAUCAUAAACCUUGUGGUGAUACUCAUCCUUGAUGAGGUGUACAGCGCUGUUGCACGCUGGCUCACCAUCCUUGAGGUUCCAAAAACAGACAAGAGCUUUGAAGAGCGUCUGAUCUUCAAAACCUUCAUUCUUAAGUUUGUGAACGCGUUCACCCCUAUCAUAUACAUCGCUUUCUUUAGAGGCAGACUCGGUGGACGUCCUGGAAGUUACCUUUAUGUGUUUGAGUCCUAUCGUAUGGAGGAGUGUACUCAAGGUGGCUGUUUAAUGGAGCUCUGUAUUCAGCUCAGUAUCACCAUGCUGGGCAAACAACUCAUCCAGAACAAUCUCUUUGAGAUAGGCAUACCUAAACUGAAAAAGUUAAUCAGGUUCAUCAAAUCCAAAAGAGGAUCUUUCCAAGAGGAGGAAUAUGAGAAGAAGUUACAGCGUUAUGAGACAGAUUAUUUCUUGGAGCCGUUUGUUGGCCUUACGCCCGAGUACAUGGAGAUGAUAAUCCAGUUUGGUUUUGUGACUCUCUUUGUGGCAUCCUUUCCAUUGGCACCUCUGUUUGCUCUCCUAAACAACAUUAUUGAAAUUCGUCUGGAUGCCAAGAAGUUUGUUGCAGAGCUCAGACGACCUGUUGCAGCAAGAGCCAAAGACAUUGGAAUCUGGUAUAAUCUUCUCAGAGGAGUCGCAAAAGUGGCAGUUAUAGUCAAUGCAUUCGUGAUCUCCUUUACUUCAGACUUUAUUCCACGGCUGGUCUAUCAGUAUAUGUACAGUCCAGAUGGAUCAAUGCACGGCUUUGUCAACCACACUCUCUCAUACUUUAAUGUCAGUCACUUUCAGAACAGCACCUCACCGCUGGAGCCCUUAUAUCUGGGCUUUCAUGUGGACAUCUGCAGGUAUAAAGACUACAGAGAGCCUCCUUGGUCUCCAACACCUUACGAAAUCUCCAAACAGUUCUGGACCGUUUUGGCAGCCAGACUAGCAUUUGUCAUUGUCUUUCAGAACGUGGUCAUGUUGAUGAGUGAUGUGGUGGACUGGAUCAUCCCAGAUAUACCCAAAGACAUCAGUUUACAGAUCCAUAAAGAAAAGGUCCUUAUGAUGGAUCUGUUUAUGAAAGAGGAACAGGGAAAGACACAGAGAGCGGAGAGUGGCUUUAAGGAGUCACUUACACGCUCCCGCUCCGUCUCUCACACACCCUACAAAAACUACUAACAUCAUAUAAAACUUAAUCGUUACAUUCCAGUGACGAACAAUAAACCAUAUCGCCAGUCUCCACUGCCUUUUCUCCCAUACUGUACACUACUUAUGUUUUUUGUAAUGUGAUAUUUCUUUUUGUAACACUAAAUUGAGAUUUUUUUCAUUCUGUCAGUGAACUUCAUGACAUGACAUGAGCUCUUCUUCACAUUGGUAAAUACAGUUGAUAAGAGUCUUGCUGAGCAAGUUAUACGUCAAAUGUUGAUAUGUUUAAAGUUUGCGAACAUGUCUCAUAUAGUGACAGUUUAAAGUAACACUAUUUAUUAGCCCCCCUAAAAAUUAUUGAGGCUAUCUAUUGGCAUGGUAGCACAUUUUCAAAUUAAAUUCACAAUAACAAAAUUUAAUAGUGGUUAUACAGAAGUGUGUUUGGUUUCUCAAACAAGUUUAAAUAUGUGUAAAUAUUUUGUCCAGGGGGCUCAUUUAUAAAAUGCUGCGUAAAAACCAUCCUACAUUUGAUCUUACGAUCACUUAACAAAGAUGCGUACGUGUGAUUCAUAAACCGAACGUACGCGCAGAAAACGCGCGUACCCCUUUCAAAUCUAUAAAUCGCAAAUGAACUUGAACUUGUGCGCGCAGCCGAGCAGUUUCAGAUCUCCGCCUUUAAACGAUGCGUAAUUAAUGUCAGACAUAUAAAAGAGCGCUUGUCAAUUUUUAAACCUAAUUUCAAACAGCAAGAAUGGCUUAUAUUUCCAAAAACCUGCAGCAAUCAGACAAGCAAACGUGCGUACGUCUGCUCAGCCCCUGACGUGGCGCAAAGCACUUUUCCACGUCAAAGGCGGUUUUUAUAAAUAUGGACUUUGCCAUGGAUUUUUGCCUACGCACACUUUACGAUCAAAUCUGUUCGUACGCACGCUUUAUAAAUGAGGCCCUAUGAGUUUGAUUUAAAACACAAAAUAGAUGACAGUUUAAUGUCUUAUCAGUGCAUAUUCAAAUUCAUAAGUCAAAUUCAUCAUUAUACAUUUAUUUCCCGGACAAGGCUUAAUCUAGUCCCAUAUUAAAAUGCAUGUUUGAGCUGCCUUAAUUUAACAUCAUCUUGCACUGACAAAUCUUAACAUAUCAGUGCCAUUGUUUUGUCUCAAGAUGAACACCAGUAUUGUUUUUUAUGAAUUUCCUUAAGGUUCUAGUGUCUUUGCAGUUCUCAUACAAAUACACAGAUUUUUGCAAAUUAUAAAAAUGCGUUUGUCUAAAAACGUUGAAGAUAUCCAAGGGAUUUUUUUCUUGGCAGAGACCUGUCAUUUAGGCUUAUUCAGUUAUUAAUCACAUAUUCUUUAUCUACAUGAUACACAUUUGCAGAAUAUUUGAUUACACACUUGUAUAAUAGUUCAUUUUUAUACUGCCUUAAAUUAUUUCUACAUCUGACACUUUUCAUAUUUAGCUUUAAUUGAUAUCAAAUGUAUUGUGUGUCUGUAUUUUAUCAAAGCACCACAGUUAAGGUACUUGACAUCUGUUUAUCCCAUCAUUCAUCCAAUUCAUACACAUAGACUGUAAUACUGCUAGGAUAUAUGCAAUACUUGUGUAUUUUUUAAACAAACUGAUAUUGUACAGUAAACGCCUCAGCAUUAUAAAGCAGUUAAAUGCUCUGUGCUUGAAUAUCUUUAAGGUCUUUAAAAGAGUAGAAUAGUUUUUAAAUAUUGAACAAUGUUACUUUUUUGAAACAAAGCAAAUGUGUUAAUUUUGAAGACUGAGGUAGGCAAAUGUAAAUAAUGACAAUACAGUAAAUGUCUGCUUCUUACACUAGAAACACUUUGUAUUUAGUGAAAUCAGCAGCGGUGUAGUCAUGUAACUAUACAGAACAUCUACAAUAAAGACUGCUUAUUUAA